AUGCCUUUUGGUCAAAAACAUGCGCGUUUUGGUGAUGCGAAAUCACGAAUGGAAGAUCGAAGUCGAGUUUUGACUAUGAAGUAUGGAAAACAGCAAAUGGCUUUGAUCAGGAAAAGAAUGCAGGUUGGUUUCAUUUGGAAAUCAGAGAAAAUUGAAAUUUUGUUUUGCAAAAUCAAUCUUCUGGAAUUUCAGAAAUUGAAAUUCUUCAGAACUAUAUUAUUGAAAAAAAACCAAAAAAUAGUAUGAAGAAAUUUUGAAAAAAAUGCUUAUCAGAAAAUUUUUAGGCAUUCAAAAUCGACGUUUUCAAUAAAUAGGUGCAUUUCUGAUUUUUGAAAAAAAACCAAAAUGUUUUCACAAAAUGCCACAUCACAGUUCACGUUUUCUUUAUUUUAAAAUUUCCUGUUUCAAAAAAUCUACUUAUUUUUCUAGGUCGAGAAUUGGAUCGAAACCGAAGUCACAAAACUCUUCAGUGGAAAUGAGAACAAUGUAUGUUUACAGUGCGUUUCAUAAUGAUAGGUUCACCCCCAAAAUUUCUGAAAUCAGCCGAGGUGUGAGUUGUAAUAACAAUCCGAGUUAAAAAUAAAAAAGAGCACACAAAAUUAGCUAAGAAAACUCAAUUUUAUCUGAAACUACCAAAUAAUAAAAAAAUAAAUGACCGGAGUUCAAAAAUUUCAAAAAUUUAGCGUUUCAAAACGAUAGGUUCACCCGCAGUAGUACUGUAGUUAUGUUUCGUGGUAGGAGUUUUAUCGAAUAUUCUGGAAAAUACGAGUGAUAUUUGAUUAUUUUAACGUGUUUCUGUUUUUGUUCUCGUUUUUUCACGUCAUUCAUCAAUGUCGCGGGAAGUCAUCUUACAAAAGAGGAACAAGCUCAAAUUAGAGCAUUCAAAAUCGCCGGAUGGUCCAAUAGAAUGAUUUCGUCAAAAUUGAAACGAUCUCUCAACUGUAUUAAUCAAUUUGUCAACAAUCCGGAUCACUAUGAGCGAAUGAAAAACACUGGAGCUCCCAAAAAACUCACGGAGAGAGAUAAACGAGGGAUUGUUAGGUUGGCUUCGAACACAAUGAAAUCGUGUAAUGACAUCAAACACGAGCUGGGUUUGAAUAUCAGUAAGACUACAGUUUGGAGAGCCAUAGACCAAUCCCCAGAAAUCGUUCGAGCCAAAUUGGUGCCAGCUCCGCGUCUCACACUUCGCCACAAAGACAACCGUCUUACUUUCGCAAAAGCCAACAUGGCCACAGAUUGGGAUAAGGUAAGUAAUUUUUCUAAAAACAUCAAAUAUUGAUGUUUUCUUGUUCAGAUAAUUUUUUCUGACGAAAAAAAGUUUAAUCUUGAUGGUCCGGAUGGUUACAACUCAUACUGGCAUGAUAUCAGAAAGGAUCAACUUCGCUUCCCAAAGAGAAAUUUUGGAGGAGGACGGGUUAUGUGUUGGGGCGCAUUUUCUGCAGCUGGAACGUUAAAAAUAGCUUUUGUUUCAUUCAAGAUGGAUUCGUUAGAUUACCAAAAAACCCUCCAUGACUAUCUUUUGCCAUAUUUGAGGCGGUUCCGGACCAGAAAGUUCACUUUUCAACAGGAUAAUGCUGCCAUCCACGUCAGCCAAUCAUCAAAAGAUUGGUUCAAAAGCCACAAAAUCAAAGUUUUGGAUUGGCCAGCGUGUUCUCCUGAUCUUAAUCCGAUGGAAAACGUAUGGGGGAGCUCGUUCGCCGAGUUUAUGCUCAAGGAAAAAAUAUGAUACUGUGGACCAACUCAAAGAUGCCAUCGAGACGGAAUGGAAUAAAAUCGAUAAGAACUACCUCAAGAGACUUGUUGACUCGAUGCCAAAUCGUCUCUAUGAUGUCAUUUCUAAACAUGGAGGUCCAACUAAGUAUUGAUUUUCGAUUAUAUGUCUCCAAUGGGAAUUCUAGAUUAGGUGAACCUAUCGUUUUGAAACGCUAAAUUUUUGAAAUUUUUGAACUCCGGUCAUUUAUUUUUUUAUUAUUUGGUAGUUUCAGAUAAAAUUGAGUUUUCUUAGCUAAUUUUGUGUGCUCUUUUUUAUUUUUAACUCGGAUUGUUAUUACAACUCACACCUCGGCUGAUUUCAGAAAUUUUGGGGGUGAACCUAUCAUUAUGAAACGCACUGUAUGUUUUUUUCUACAAAAUCCCUAUCGAAAAUCUGAUUUUGAAUUCAGAACGUUGAUAUUGAUUUGGAUGUAAUUCAAGAUAUUGAUGACGUGGCAGGCAAGAGAAAAUAUGCAUUUGUGAGUUUGUUUUUCUAUUCUCAUCCCAAUGUUUCAAUAAAUUGAAUAUUUAUAGGAGCAACUUCAAAAAGGGCACUGUCCAAGUUCGAUGGAUAAAAUAAUUGUGUUUUUAGAUGAGCUGAUCGAGCAAUUAAAUACACUUUAA